AUGCAUAUUUCAAGUAAAGGAUCAGGACCAAAAACCAUUUUGGCUAUUGGAGGGACAGGAACUGGUAAAAGUACAUUUGGACGAAUAGUUUUUGGUGUGAAUACAGUAUCAGGAGAAGGUCAUAGUUCGAUAACCAAACAAACCGCAUUAUAUGAAAAUGACAAAUACAGGUAUAUAGAUACACCAGGAUUUUCGGAUAGUAAUGGUAGAGAUGACUCGGAAGUAUUUCGUAACAUGUUAACGUUAAUGCAAAAUUAUUCAGAUGAUAACAAAUUUAAAGUUGACAUUAUAUUAUGGUUUUGCUUGGAAAGUGAACGUUGUGAUCAAACAUUACAACGUGGUGCGAAUUUUAUACAAAAAUUAGUCGAAUACGCAGAUUUGGAUAAUUUUGAUGGUAAUAUUUGGAAGAGCGUUUUAAUUAUUAUUAGAGGUCCAAUGUUAUCCCCAAAUUUAAGUGAAGGUCCUAAAGUAGCAGCAAAAUUAGCAAUGACGAAAUUUAUCAACGAAAAAAACAUUGUUGAUGCAGGAAAUUUAACUGUUAAAGUUGAUCAUUUGGCCUGUUGGAUCUUUGAUAUAAAUGAUAUACCAAAUGAUAUGUAUAAUACUAU